AUGGCUAACAGGGGCCCGAGCUAUGGCUUAAGCCGAGAGGUGCAGGAGAAGAUCGAGCAGAAGUACGAUGCGGACCUGGAGAACAAGCUGGUGGACUGGAUCAUCCUGCAGUGCGCCGAGGACAUAGAGCACCCGCCCCCCGGCAGGGCCCAUUUUCAGAAAUGGUUAAUGGACGGGACGGUCCUGUGCAAGCUGAUAAACAGUUUAUACCCACCGGGACAGGAGCCCAUUCCCAAGAUCUCAGAAUCAAAGAUGGCUUUUAAGCAGAUGGAGCAAAUCUCCCAGUUCCUAAAAGCUGCAGAAAUCUACGGUGUCAGGACCACUGACAUUUUUCAGACGGUGGAUCUAUGGGAAGGGAAGGACAUGGCGGCUGUGCAGAGGACUCUGAUGGCUCUUGGCAGCGUUGCAGUCACCAAAGAUGAUGGCUGCUACAGGGGAGAGCCAUCCUGGUUUCACAGGAAAGCCCAGCAGAAUCGGAGAGGAUUUUCAGAGGAGCAGCUUCGCCAGGGACAGAACGUCAUCGGCCUGCAGAUGGGCAGCAACAAGGGAGCCUCCCAGGCAGGCAUGACCGGGUACGGGAUGCCCAGGCAGAUCAUGUAAGAUGCUGCCUCCUGCCCCCCCGUAGAGAGGACGAAUGUUCCACACCACGGUCUCUGUGAUAAAGAAAUAGUUAGUCACCUUCUGACCUUCUCUUUCUCAAAGCCUCCCAGUUUCUGGUUUUUGCAAGUGCUGCAUUUCUGCUGAGAAUCCGCGUUGCCUACUGCUGCCACCUUGUGUUCAUUUAGAACUAUGCAAAGACUCCGCCUCCUCUUCCUGAGCGCCCUCUUUUGCCCAAGAGUCUCCCUUUGUCUGAUUAUUUAUUUAUUUAUUUAUUUGCCAAAAA